ACCACACUUACUUUCCAUAUAGGUAGAAGAAGAAAGAAACAACUCUUUCACUCCUAUAUAUAAAUCUCUGAUAUCAUAUUCAUAGUGAUCACAUUUAAUGAAAAACAACUCUAGAGAGAUGAGUAAGGAGGUGACAACACCAUUGAUAAGAAAGAGUGAUCAUGAGAUUGAGAGUACAUUUGUUCAAGAGUUGAAGAAAGUGAGUUUCGUUGCAGCUCCAAUGGUAGCUGUAACUGUUUCACAAUAUCUUCUUCAAGUGGUUUCUCUUAUGAUGGUUGGACAUCUUGGUAUACUUGUUUCAUUCUCUGGUGUUUCCAUUGCCAUGUCUUUUGCUGAAGUUACUGGCUUUAGUGUCCUUUUGGGAAUGGCUGGUGCAUUGGAAACACUAUGUGGACAAACCUUUGGUGCAGAAGAGUAUGGAAAACUUGGAAACUACACUUGCUGUGCAAUAUUAACUCUAACUGUAGUUUGUUUUCCAAUAUCUCUUGUGUGGAUAUUCACAGAUAAAAUACUAAUGUUUUUUAGUCAAGACCCUGGAAUGUCUCAUGUAGCUCGCGAGUACUGCAUAUACCUCAUUCCCGCUCUAUUUGGCUAUGCACUUCUUCAAGCGUUGAUUCGCUAUUUCCAGACUCAGGGAAUGAUCUUUCCAAUGGUUUUUAGCUCAGUAUCUGCUCUAUUUUUGCACAUUCCUAUUUGUUGGAUUCUGGUUUUUAAGUUGGGAUUAGGACACAUUGGAGCUGCUUUAGCUAUCGGAAUUUCUUAUUGGUUGAAUGUGAUUUGGCUUUGGGUUUAUAUUAAGUACUCUCCAUCAUGUGAAAAAACCAAGAUUGUGUUUUCUACUCAUGCUUUACAUAACCUACCAGAGUUCUGCAAAUAUGCUAUUCCUUCUGGACUCAUGUUUUGUUUUGAAUGGUGGUCCUUUGAGAUUCUUAUUUUAAUUGCCGGGCUUUUACCUAAUCCUCAACUUGAAACCUCGGUUCUUUCUGUCUGCUUGAACACUACGUCAUUACACUUCUUUAUUCCAUACGCAAUUGGAGCUUCUGCAAGUACUCGUGUUUCAAAUGAAUUAGGAGCAGGAAAUCCAAAGACAGCUAAGGGAGCUGUUAGAGUGGUUGUAAUUAUUGGAAUUGCUGAGGCAAUUAUUGUCAGCACUUUCUUCCUUUGUUUUAGAAAUAUUUUAGGAUAUGCUUAUAGCAAUGAUGAACAAGUUGUGAAUUACAUUGCCGAUAUGGUUCCUCUUCUUUGUGUUUCUGUUAGUGCUGAUAGUCUAAUUGGAGCUCUUUCAGGGGUUGCUAGAGGAGGUGGAUUUCAAGAAAUGGGGGCUUAUGUGAACCUUGGAGCUUACUAUAUUGUGGGAAUUCCUGUGGGUUUGUUAUUUGGUUUUCAUCUAAAAUUAAAUGCAAAGGGAUUGUGGAUGGGAACUCUAUCAGGAUCUGUUCUAAAUGUCAUUAUAUUAUCUAUUGUAACUGCAUUAACUGAUUGGCAAAAAGAGGCAACAAAAGCAAGGGAAAGGAUAAUUGAGCAGUCAAUAAAAAUUAACAACACAUUGGUGGUGGCAUGAAAAACAAGGAAAUUAAUUAUCAAGAUAGGAAAAAUAGAGAAUUGAGAGUGCAUGCAUGCUGUGCUUUUGUUUAUACAGCUGUUUUAUGGUUGUUGAAGUGUUUUUUAAUUUUUCAUGAACUAACAUCUAGACAUAUUUUGGUUGUACAUGUGAUUUUUGUACUGGAUUUGUAUUUGUAUGUGAAAUCUGAUCCUACAAGUUUUGAGAGCACAUGCUUUGGUACAUUAACCAAGACAGAUUUCUCAUGUGCCCAUGGCUUAUGAUGAUAUAUAAACAAACAAUCCACACCCUUUAUUA